UGACAGCACACUGGGCACAAUCAGCUGUGCCUGUCACCAUUAUUCACGUUUGUUGUCACUUAAUAACGCCCUCGCGAUAAGGAAAAACCGAAGGAAAACCACCUCCACCUCAAGUUCAGUGUCGUGGCAAUCGUCUGAGCGACGAUUCGCAAGCAAAACUCGUGAAAAGCCCUCGCAAUGUCGAUGAAAUAAGAAAAUUAACGGGAAUAUGUCUCAGCCAGACUAUGAGCAGACGACCCACGACCACGCGGCCCUCCUGGUCCUCCUGAGGCCCAUCGGCUCCCAGAUAAAGCAGAAGACACUGCUGAGACUCUGCGAGAGGAUUAUCAAGAGCGGGAGUACACUCACCAUCCCUGAGUCCUCUGGAGCGACUCGGGAGAUUUACGUGAGGUUCGUCAAAGAUCAUCCGGUGGAAAACAGCGACUGGGGGGACUUUCAGACCCACAGGAAACUCCUGGGACUCUUCACGUUUGGGAAGUAUGAGGAUCAGACGGAGUUGAAUGAACUUUGCAGGCUGCAUGAGACUUUAAAGGUAAAAUACAUGUCAACCCUCUACGAUUCCCGAGCGAUUCUCUUCGGACCAGCGGAGUCCCCCACAGUAAACGAGCCCCCAAAAGAUUUCACGACCCCCUCAAACUUCAAGACCCGAGCCGCCUUUUACGGGGACGACCAAUGUCCCACCCUUGAAUCUCAAGUAAUUGAUUGUCUGCACUCCCUCUUCUGGAUUCUCGAGGCCCAGAGGCUAAAGAGAUCCAGAGAGAAGAUAGACCGCGUACCGCUGCUGAUGGCCGCCUUCGAAAAGAAAGACUUCAUAGGUCUGGACCUCGAGUCCAGGAACAACCGGAAACGCUGCUUCGGCAGGAUGACAAAACACCUGGGGGACCUCUGCCUCCAAGCGGGUCUGUGUGCAGACGCUCUAAACAACUACACCUCCGCCGUAGGCAUCCUGCAAGGGGUCAACGACUGGCUGUGGCUGGGGGCAGCCUACGAGGGUCUCUGCGCAGCCUCCUCCCUCGUCCUCUACCCCAACCUCCGGAGGAACCUCCCCCUCCAACGAAACUCCUCCCUGCAGGAAGGAUCUCCAGGCAAGAAUCGACGCGGCUCGCAGCCCCUGCCAGCCCUUCCCCUGCCCCCCUCAAUCGAAGAGCUCAAAGUCCAGAUGCCACACAUCCUCCCACCUGAAGAUAUCCCCGAGAAGUACUCCAAAGCGAUUGUCCACUACAGCAAGUACCAAAACGCUGGUAUAAUCGAGACUGAGGCGAGUUUCAAAGCCACCAGAAUCUCAAUCGAGCAGAACUGCACGAUCCAAGCGGCAUCCUUCCUCAACAACGUCGUCUUCAACAACAUCGACUGGAGUGAACAGGAGAAGAUCGACAGAUUCACGAAGCUCUCGGAGCUGUUCUCAACCAUCGGCUUCGCCCGGAAGGCCUCCUUCUGCAUGAGAUUAGCAGGAACUAGACACAUCUCCCAGAAAAAUCCGAACCCCGACUGGCAGCAGUGCUACAACCUAGUCCUGCAGUCCUGCCCAGGGUUCAAAUUGUCCUUGGACCCUGCGGAGAUGCCAAGCAAUCGUAGGCGAGGCUGGCCGGCGAUUCAGAUUAAGAUCAUCAACGAACUGAUUGUCGCUGCAAACAGAAUGGGAAACCUUGCUCUGGCCACCAGACACAUGACCUUUCUCCUUCAGACGAUGUUCAAUUACCUGACGCCGUCUGAACGACGAGAUGCCGCGCUGCAAUUGCAGAGCGUCGCACAGCAGUGUGAGGGCGCCCCGGUGCUUCUUGUUCUCCCAUCCGGAAUUGUCAUUCCCCCGGCGAAUCUGACGAACAUUCCGAGGACGAGAUCGUUUGUUUUGAAGAAUCUCCAGCCCCACCUCCAGCCGCAGAAGAUCGAGAGGGUCAAGGAGGAUCACGGACCCUUCCUCUUCACGCCCAUCAAUUUUGGAUCCUUGGAGAGACGGACUAAGUCGAAAAGCAAAGUUGAUUACCUGUGGGUUGAGGGAGACGUCUGUGAGGUGUCGCUGCAACUGGUCAAUCCUCUUCCGUUCGAGCUGAAUGUCUCUAAUAUGAGACUGUUGACGAAUGGAAUCGUCUUCGAUCCUCUUCCAGAGAGCAUCACACUCCCCGCUGAGUCCGGACCCAUCGCGGUCACCCUCGCGGGGACUCCGAAGGAGAUCGGGGAGCUGGAGAUCUUGGGGUUCAGUACUCAUACGCUAGGCGUCAAAUCGAAUUGCAGAUUGAGGAGCAUGGAGGGCAUGCCCCAUCCUCAGUACUCUGUGGAAGUUGUUCCUAGUCUACCGAAGAUCGACGUGGCGACCAGUCUUCCCCAGACUGCGAGCUUCUCGUCUGGCGAGAAUAUCGUCACGAGCGCUAGCAUAUCUCUUUACGGGGGUGAGAGUGCAGAAUGCACCAUCACCAUUACGAAUGUUGGACAGGUGCCCAUAGAGAUGAUCGAGGUCUCCAUUAAGUCGGCCCUGGACGCAUUGACAGAGUCCAGAGUCUUCAAGUGGAGUGAUGAGAACCUGAAGACUCAGCUGCCUCUCCAGUCUGGGACUUCAGCCAGUCUCACGCUUUAUCUUUACGCUGACACGAACUUUGUCGUGCCGAAUAAUAAGAUGAAUAGCUCUUUUGGGAAGGGUUCUCUGGGGAAUUCCUUGGGGAACUCUGGGAGCAAGUCCUUGCCGUCGAGACUGACGCCGUCCCAUCACACAAAGAGGCAAAGCGGACUGACUUCCUCCAUGCGCUCCGCGUUGAGCUCACACUCCUCCAGUUCUUCGAGCUCGGGGAAUUCCCGAGUUUCGAAACUAGCGACGCCUGUGGUGGCGUCCAACAUCACUGAGGGACAGCUGAAGAUAAGGUAUUCUGGGGCGAAGGGGCUGACCGCUGGGUUCUGCAGGGUCUCAAGUGUCUUCAUUACUAUUGAGAUGCUGCCCAGUGUCCAGAUCACCAGUUGGGAUGUACUUCCGGCUGAAACUCCCUCGCAGUUCUAUCUCGUACUCGAUGUCACUAAUAUGACUAAUCAUGAGAUGGAGCUGCAUUACACGCAGAGCAAGUGCAUCUAUAUGGAGGGGAGGGAGUCCUGCAGGAUCCCAGUGCCAGCGAACAGGUGUCCUUUGAGCAAGCUUGCGGUGAUGAGUGAGGGGGAGCUGCAGAAGAUUUGCGCGGAGCAUAUUGCGGGCCUGGUGGACCUCAAGUGGCAGUUGCUGGGGACUGAUGCUACGGGGAAGGCGGGCAUUGCGGGGAUCUCUUUCACGCAGGAUAUGCUAGAUCUUGUGAGGAUGAGUCCACUCCAGUGGGAGGUAAUCAUCAAUGACACUGCCGUCAAACCACAAGACGAAAUAACAUGCGGAUUAGGAGAAUGCGUGAGCAUAGGAGUUGGUGUCUGCAAUGCUCUGGAGCAUCCCCUCAGUGACUUGAGUUUAUCGAUCAAUUUCUAUCAGGAUCAUCACAAUGGAGUUAACAAUUAUCGAUUGGACACGAGAUUAUCAAUUGCCGGGGCCAACAAAGUCAUGCUUCCAACGUUGCAGGAAUAUGGAAGAGCCUAUCACGAGUGUCGUGUCGUAUUCUUCACAGCUGGACAGUACAAAAUAGAUAUUCAAUGCAGUAGUCAAAAAACAAUUUCCAAUUCAAGCAGCAUAUGUUCGGAUAUCAUGAAUGCAGGCCACAUUUGGAGGUAUAUACCACCAAUUGAAAUUGCUGUAGAUGAUUCAUAAUGUUAAUAGUGAUUGUUUAUUGCCGUUGAAAGUGUCAUCACAAUUAUUGCCUGUGAAAAUAUUUAUAAGCUUAAUAAAGAUGAUUUUCUAAAA